UAAGUUUUACCCUGCGUCGUUUAUAAGGUCCUCGCUCGUUUAAGUUGAAUACAAAAAGCGUUUACUUGCUGAAUUAAUUUAGUAAGAAAACAGUUAUAGGAUAGUCUUAAAAUUAUUCAAGCAACGCAACAGGACAGAACGCUCGCGUUUUAAUUAUACACGCAUCUUGCUCGCGUUUUUGGAACGCCUGAUUCCAUACAGCCUCAACCAGAAGAGCACUUCAAACCGGUGAUGGAGUGGAGACCGCAGUCUUCAGUGGUUUAUGAAGCUGCUUACUCAGAAGCACAGAGAUGGAUCGAGGCAGUCACUAAGAAGAAGUUUGUGAGCAGUAAUUUCCGGAGUUCUCUGGAGAAUGGACUUCUGUUGUGUGAUCUAAUAAACAAGAUCAGGCCUGGCGUCGUCAAGAAGCUAAACAGGUUAUCCACACCUAUUGCUGGCCUGGACAACAUCAGCCUCUUCUUAAAAGCCUGUGCAAAGCUUGGACUAAAAGAGGCCCAGCUUUUCCACCCAGGAGACCUUCAAGACUUCUCUACACGUGUGACUGUCAAGCACCAGGAGAGCAGCAGGAGGCUCAAAAAUGUUCUGAUCACCAUAUACUGGUUAGGCAGAAAGACACAUGCUGAUCCUUUUUAUAAUGGACCUUACCUAAAUCUAAAGGCUUUCGAGGGAUUACUUGGCAAAGCACUAUAUAAGACACUAGAGGAUUGCACAUCACUGCAGGGCAGUGUGCGAAACAGCUCUUGUAGAGAUAGCUGGUACUCAGAGAAAGAAGAGCUCUUCCCACUCCGAGCCGGAUACAGGAGAGAAGACUCUCUAGACAGCCUCGACUCACUGGGCUCCAGAACUUACAGCACAUCCUCAGACGCUACACUCAAAGGAAGCAGCGAGGGUUGUGGGAGUGACCCUGAAGCAGAUCUGAGCUUCAUGAUGUCAGAAAAUAAAGAAUACCGCCGUUCACUGGUCAUAGCACCUAAGGCCACCACUCAGUACAAUCAGUUCCUGCCAACAAAGGACAAGCAGUCAGGCUACGUUCCAGCACCAUUACGCAAGAAGCGCGCAGAGCGAAAUGAUGACAACAGAAGAAGCUGGGCUAGCCCUAUGUACACAGAGGAUGAUGGCACUUUUACAAGUCCCAGUCAUGAGAGGGCAGGUUCAGACCCUUCAUCAAUCACCGCUCACCCCUCUUUGGCCUAUCAGUAUGAGAGCAGUGAUUCGGAUGCAGACCGACCGGAUCCCGACGUGGUUCUAGAUGACCUCGCUAGCCGUAGAUUUCACAGCCCCUCCCCUGUCGCUCCAACCAACUUUGCCUUACCCAUGAGCCACCUGGAGGCAACUGCUGUCCCAUGUACUACCAGGUCACAGGUGGCUGUCAGUAAUGUGUCCCGGCAGACACUGACCCAUCUCAGCAGUAAGUCACAGCCUCUUCAGAGGACUUACAGGAGACCUGCAUCGGCUGGUGUCUGCGUUUAUGAUGACUCUGAGGAAGAGGAUGAUGAGUUUGGCCAUGCCGAUCCUGUUCAAGAUGAUCUUUAUGCCCGUAAAGUAGGCCUGACGCCUCAGCCAUCUGUAACAGUGCCUUUUGAUAAAUUUCUGCCCAAAUUUUGGACACCUGAAGAGGAUUCACAUGUGAAGAAAAUCAAACUGGGCUCCCAGCGCCGGCCUUGGUACAGGAAGAUCCAAGGUUUCAGCCCCAAGAAGUCAGAUUCAACCUCUGAAGAAUCAGACAGUGACGUCAACCCCUGGCUCUCUGUACCUACUUUCUCUCGCACUCAGUCUGAACCCCCUCCCUUUCACUCCCAUGCACCUGAAGGCCUCGCUCAGUCCAGCCUCACUUCCACACUCAGUUAUCAAACACAACCUCUCACGGUUGCUCAGCAGACUGCUGGACUGCAUAAUUUAAAGCCCCCUGAUUUUUGGCCCAGACCAGACCCCACCUCUGGCCCCAGACUCGUAAAAUGUGCAAAGCGUCCACUCCUUGGGCGUGAACACCCUAAUGACCCAUACAAUGUUUCUGCCGACAUCCUGCCUGAUUUGGAAAAUGACGAUAUGUUCACACGUCGUACAAAAACCUUCCACUCAAGCGAUGACCUGGCCAAAUUGAAGUAUGGUAACUUCCUGUUGCCUCGCCGCCGAUCGGAGUCCGACGUCAUGGUGGUAAUUCAGCCCCGCCACGAGAGUGAACCCAUUUAUCCUGACAUUGAAAAAGACGAUGUGGUUUUUCGAAGGGCUCAACAGCAAAUCAGUCAUCGCCCCCUGUCUGGGGCCCCUGAUAACUACCACCCUGUUCCUAUUCCAGAGGCUUGGGCUUUGCCAGCAAAACUGCAGGCCAAGCUGAUAUGUGACCCAGUUGAACCCAGACAGCACAAACCCAAGACAGGGAUUAAACACGGUGCAGAACAGCACCUGAAGGCAGAUGAUAUGCUACUUAGGAAACUAAGAGCUUUAAAUACCCAAGGAAAGAUGGAAAAAGAAGCUCUUGGUGUUUCUUUCUCUUGCAGUGAGGAAGAUCUGCAGAAAUGGCAAGCCAUCAGAGAGGCCAGCCGCGUGCGAUACCGGAAGAGGCUGAUGGUGGAGAGACUGCUCCAGAAAAGCUCUGGUAGUGAAGGGAGUAAGUCAGUGAGUGACAUGACUGAUGGUGAGAUGAACUUCAGCAACUUGCCGUUGGAGUUGCGAAUUGAAGAGAUGCAAAAGAUGCGUGCUCGCUUGAAGGAGAACGAGGAUAAGUGGCAAGAUGAUCUUACAAGGUGGAAGAAUAAGCGCAAGAGUGUGAAUUCUGAUAUUGUGAAGAAGAAAGAGGAGAGAGAGCAGAUUGAGCAGAUCACUUCAGGUGGCAUCAGGAAAUCAAAGACCUUCAAGGAAAUGCAGGAUGAGAGAGAGAGCCGACAGCAAAGCAACAGCAGGGACAGCUUUAACUCCAUCUCUGAUGAUGUCUUUGAAGAACCUGUACCCCGAAGCAGAACUCUGCCACCACGUAGCUACACCAUCGACACCCCUUACACUCGCGAGGACAAACCUUCAGUACCCUCCAUACCAUCUCUGAGAAAAAGAGAACCUGUCGCUGGCACUCUGGCAUCAGAUCAGACAGAUUUUCAUACAAGACGUGAUCGCUCCAGCCCAGAGAUCCCACUGAAAAUGAAUGACAACAUUGAGGAGAGCCAUACAACGACCCAAAGCCUUCUAGACGAUCCAGUUCUUGCAUUGUCCAGCAGCAACACCAGCCUGAUCAAACCCACCAGUGUCAGUAAAACCAGCAGCGUUCUCAGCAGCUCGGAGUUGAUUAGCAACACUAAGCCAGUCGAGAACUCCAGCGGCCCCAUUAGCUCCUUGUAUAAACCCAAUUCAAAGGAUACAAAGGAGUCUGGGCUGGAUCGAGUUUCUGCCUCCCUCCCCAGGAGCUACCAGAGAUCAGAUAGCGCAAGACUACCCUCUGUCGUCACGCCCAGGCCAUUCGGCACACAGUCCAACCGAAUCGCCUCCCUUCCCAGAGUGUUCACGGUGGAUGACUCUCUUAAGCGCACAAAUGGAGAGACAGACAGACUCAAGAAAACUACAAUUUCCAACCGAUAUGCUCAGUAUAUGAAAGAAGAUGAAGAUAUUUCCAAGGAAAGUCCUGUGCAAAGCAGUGAGGAAGAGGAGAAAACCCCAUCUCCUGUCCCUCCAGUCUACAGACUGUCCCCCCUGCCCAAAUCUCCAUCCCCGCUCAUCCCUUCUAAUGAGGUGGACUACAGUGAGAUGAGGAUCAGCCUUAACCAGAAACCUAACAGCAGCCGGGACUUUGGCUUUCAGAGCAACUGGGACUCCACGGGGGUCCGUGUCAAAUCUGUAGUUCCAGGCAGCCCGGCGGAGCUCGGUCAAGUGAAGGUUGGAGAUGAGAUCCUUACAGUGAACGGACACAUGGUGGCAGACAUGAGCUACACUGAGUGGAAGAACAGUCUGGAGGAGGCCUUGCAGCAGGGGAGUCUGUUUAUGGACAUCCGCAGACAUGGCAAGAAUAGUCCCUCUGAGCCAUACAUCAGCACCAGCCUGGAUUUCACAUCCCAACAAACCAAGGAUACGGUCGUGAAAACUGGGAAUGUCAGCUCACAGUCUGGCAAUAAUAAUGGUUUGAAUGGGAUAAAUGGUGGUUUCCAUGAGGAUUCAGAGGCUUCGAAUAAUAGAGAAUCCAUUACUUUGAAAAACUUAAAAAGGAGAUCAGAGUUUUUUGAACAAGGCUCUGCAGGGCUCACAGUCAGUUCUCUGGUCUACCUCUGUGGUGGAUCGGAUACGGCAAUAUCAAAUCUGCCCGUUCCCUCCAUCACUACAUCCACUACCCACUGGUCCUGGGACCCCGAAGAAGAGCGCAAACGACAGGAGAAAUGGCAGAAAGAGCAGGAGCGUUUGCUGCAGGAGAAGUACAAAAAGGACCAAGAAAAACUGGAUGAGGAGUGGAGAAAGGCACAACAAGAGCUUGAGAAGGAGAACUUCAAAAAACAUGAGGAGGAGAUGCGGCGUUUAGAGGAAGAGAGGAGAAAAAGACAGGAACAAGAGCGCCUUGAGGAAGAGAAGAAGAGAGAAGAGGAAGAGAGGAAAAGAAGAGAAGAGGAGUGGCUGCGUUUAGAGGAAGAGAGGAGAAAACGAGAAGAACAAGAGCGCCUUGAGGAAGAGAAGAGGAAGAGAGAAGAAGAGGAGCGGAAAAAAAGAGAACAGGAGAGGCUGCGUUUAGAGGAAGAGAGGAGGAAGAGGGAGGAACAAGAGCACCUCGAGGAACUGAGGAGGAAUAGAGAAGAGGAAGAGCGCCUCCUUCAGGAAAAAGAGAGGAAUAGAAGAGAGGAGGAGAGGAGGCGACUGGAAGAGCAGAAGAGAAAACAGGAGCAAGAUAAGGUGGACUCCUUUGGCUAUACCAAUGUUUACCCUCAAUUAUCCUACUCACACAGAUCUAUUUCCAAAUCAACUCCAGAACUUGAUGAGGUUGCAAAACCAGAUAUUAAAGGUGUGUACGGCAGACACAGGGGUUUGGCAGGAUGGCUGCUGGAAGAAGAACUGAGGCGAAAGAAAAACACUCAUAUCCAGAAAGAGCAGGCAGCAAGUGAGCUAGAGCUUGAGAGGAGGAGCAUCCUCAAUGCCAUGAAAUACAGAGAUCCAGAGAGAGCGAGCAGUGGUCUGGGUGAGUUCAGUAGAGACUUUAAGAAAGAGCCCCAGUCUCAGACUGAGGUGGAGAGGAUGCAGAUCCUUCAUGAAAUGAGAAAGAAGACUUCCUUGAACACAGACAACAGCUGGAUUCGCCAGCAGAGCGCUGUCAGUGUUACCGCCAAAGAACCAAUUGAUCUGCCCAUCAGGAGAGGCGAGUCUCUUGACAUCCUCGAUAUGCCUCAUUCCUCUUGGAGAUCAUCAUGGAGCACAUCUGACAGCACCUCGUCCAUACCAGACUACAGCCGGCCUCAUUCGUCUCUCUCUGGCUCCUCGUCGUACCAAAGUGGUGGACGUCCAGGGUUUGCAACUCUGCAGUCAUCUCAAUCCAUGAGCUCCCUCAGGCAGUCCUGGUCCCCAACUGCAGCUACACCAGAGCCAGAGCCUCGAGCUCCACCACGGAAUAGGUCAGUGAGUGGCAGGAAAAUAUGUUCGUCCUGUAAUACACCACUGGGCAAAGGAGCAGCCAUGAUCAUCGAGUCCCUGGGGCUCUGUUAUCAUUUGACUUGUUUCAAGUGCUUUAACUGCAGGUCUGAUUUGGGAGGCUCAGAAGCAGGAGCAGAAGUCAGAAUACGUAACCAACAGCUCUAUUGUAACUCCUGCUAUACUCGACUCAAAACUGGGCAGCCCACAGCCAUGUGAUCUCGCAGUACUGCAGCAGAUUGAGGAAGAACCAAUCACAGACAAGGAACUGUAAACACUAGGAACGUGUUGGAGAUGUGAUGAACAUUGGGUGAUUUAGCCAGCCUUGAUUAUUCAUUGAGCUUCUAUUCUUCUUUUUCACUUAUGAGAGGGUGAGAUUCCUAAGGUUAUGUUUAUUUGAAAGUAUUAGUAAUUGUUUGUACAAAAGGGAUGUGCAUGUACCUUGAAUAUGAGUUAUGCAUUUGAAAAGAUCAUCUUUUUCAUCAUCACUGAUUGAAUCUUCUGAUGACUUCUGGCUGGUUAACUGAUAUCUGUAUUUUCAUGAAAGUGUUUAUAGUAAUUAAUAGAAUGCUGUUUUAUUGUCAUUGCUUAUUUAGGAUUCUCCUGCAGUCUUUUCUAUAUAAGGGUUUGCUGACUAAAAUAUCCUGUUAUUCCACUUCAUCUGUGUGCCUUUUUGUGUUCUGAUGGGAAAAGAUGAUUAAGGAUAAAUCCAUUAAGACUUUGUUUAAAAGUAGCAUGGUUAGUAAGCAGCAUUCAUGAUAUACUCUUUCAUUGGUAACAUCUAUUUUAUGCAUCUGAGCUAUUUCUCUGCAGGGGGAAAAAGAUUAAUCUAGAACAAAAGCAGUGUACUCAGUAAUAAUUGUAAAUAAAAUUUUCAAACUAUUGUAA